AUGCGGGACGCGUACGCUGAGCCCACCGAGCCCGCCGUUACCGCCCGAGAAGCCUCCCUGGAGCGCCUCCGCCUGCUACUCUCCCAGCUCCAGGGCGUCAAGCGUAAGCUGGCGGACGUCUCCCGCACGGAGGCUGACGAUUGUGCGCGCUGCAAAGCUCGCUUGGAGCACCUCGCCGCCCUGCGCCCCUACCCCGGCCCUAGUCAGGAUCCCUCCUCAGGCUCCGGCUCCGGCCUCGGCGCUGGCCUUGGACUUAUUUCUUGGACCCGGCAACGCCUGGACAUCCUCCUCGUGGACCACCUUCUACGCAACGGCCACUACGAAACCGCCAACCGACUGGCAACCACCUCCGGCAUCGCAUUGCUUACGGAUGCUCACAUCUUUGAUGGCGCGCGGCGCAUCGUCUCGGCGCUUCGUGACGGCCACGACUGCGGCCCAGCCCUAGAGUGGUGCGCCGCGCACCGCGCUCGGCUGGCCAAGGCCAAGUCUCCCCUGGAGUUUAAGCUCCAUGUGCAGCGUUUCAUCGAGCUCGUGCGCGCCAGCGACCGCACCGCUGCCAUCGCCUACGCGCGAACCUACCUGGCGCCGUGGGGGGGUCAGUACCUGGCGGAGCUUCAGCGGGCCGUUGCGGCCCUGGUGUUCACACCGCAGACGCGCUGCGCCGCCUACCGGGCGCUCUUCGACGAGUCCCAAUGGCGUGUGCUGGCGGAGCUGUUCCUGCGGGACCUCUAUCGUCUGCACUCUCUCACACCCGAGUCGCUGCUCAAUGUGCACCUUCAGGCAGGGCUGUCGGCGCUUAAGACGCCGGCCAGCGGCGAGCCCGGGGGCAGCAGAGAGGACCCGCUGCGGCUCCCCGCCUUUCAGCGGCUGGCGGUGCGGCUGCCGUACGCGAAGCACAUGCACUCCAAGCUGCUGUGCGCGGUCACCAAGGAGCUCAUGAGUGACGCCAACCCACCUGUGGUGCUGCCGAAUGGCAUGGUGUACAGCCAACGCGGCGUGGAGAUGCUCAUGGCGGAGUACCGGGCGGCGCAGGGACAGGGCGGCCGUGCAACGGCGGCGGCGGCAGCGGCGGCAGCAGCAGCAGCCGCCGCCGCCUCGGCGACGCAGGGACAAGGCGGUGGCAGCGGCGGUGGCCCGCUAGGCAGCUCGGGUGUGUGCCCCGCGACGGGACUUGUCUUCCGGCGCGAUGAGCUCAGGCGCGCGUUCAUCGCCUAG